CAUGGCAUCUCUGUUGAUUUGUGAGUAAUCAGAAAUGCAAAUAGCCCCUCAGGAAUCAAGCUAAAAUCAAAGAAACAUUACUUACAAAUUUCAAGGAGUGUAUCAUGGAGUGCCAGACUGAGGGAAAGGGAAAACACCAGCACUGCUUGAAUUUACUAGAUAAAAUUAAGACUAUGAAAGAGUUAGAAGAAAUGAUUGAUGUAGUGCUCAUAGCAGAAGAGGAGAAGUUCCCUUGCCACAGACUGGUCCUCGCUGCCUUUAGUCCUUAUUUCAAGGCUAUGUUCACCUGUGGACUGCUCGAGUGCACUCAGAGGGAGGUCAUACUCUAUGACAUCACAGCAGAAAGUGUCUCAGUGAUACUAAACUACAUGUACAGUGCAGUUCUGGAGAUCAAUAAUGCCAACGUACAGACUGUAGCAAUGGCUGCCUAUUUUAUGCAGAUGGAAGAAGUCUUUAGUGUGUGCCAAAAAUAUAUGAUGGACCACAUGGAUGCCUCCAACUGCAUAGGAAUCUAUUAUUUUGCAAAACAGAUCGGAGCAGAAGAUUUAUGUGAUCAGUCAAAGAAGUAUUUAUAUCAGCACUUUGCUGAGGUAAGCCUACAUGGAGAAAUACUAGACAUUGAAGCUCACCAGCUUCUGGCACUUAUUAAGUCUGAUGAUCUGAAUAUAUCCAGAGAAGAGAGCAUUCUGGACUUGGUUCUGAGAUGGGUAAAUCAUAACCAAGCCUUGCGCACAGGGCAUCUCGUUGAGCUUUUGAAGCAAGUCAGACUGGAACUUAUAAAUGCUUCCUUUCUAAGACAGGCCCUCAGAAGGAACACGAUGCUCCUUUGUGAUGGUAGUUGCAUUGACAUAAUCCAGAAUGCAUUCAAAGCCAUCAAGACACCCCAGCAGCACUCGCCUAAUCUUCGCUAUGGCAUGGAGACCACCAGCCUGCUGCUUUGCAUUGGGAACAAUUCUUCUGGAAUCAGAUCACGGCACAGGAACUAUGGGGACGCCAGUUUUUGUUAUGACCCCGUGUCACGGAAGACCUAUUUUAUUUCAUCACCCAAGUAUGGGGAGGGUUUGGGAACAGUGUGCACUGGGGUAGUCAUGGAAAACAAUACUGUAAUUGUGGCUGGAGAAGCAACUGCCUCUCGACUCUCUAGGCAAAAGAGCAAGAAUAUUGAAAUUUAUAGGUAUCAUGAUAGAGGAAACCAGUUUUGGGAAAAGUUAUGCACAGCUGAAUUUCGAGAGCUCUAUGCUCUGGGCAGCAUCCAUAAUGACCUCUAUGUCAUAGGAGGACAGAUGAAGAUUAAAAACCAGUACCUCAUUACAAACUGUGUUGAUAAGUACUCCAUAGACCAAGACAACUGGAAACGAGUGUGUCCCCUUCCACUGCAGUUGGCUUGUCAUGCUGUGGUAACAGUGAACAAGAAACUCUAUGUCAUCGGAGGCUGGACCCCUCAGAUGGAUCUUCCUGAUGAAGAGCCUGAUCGAUUAAGCAACAAACUGUUGCAAUAUGACCCCAGCCAAGAUCAAUGGAGAGAGCGGGCACCCAUGCAGUACUCUAAGUACCGGUUCAGUGCAGCCGUUGUCAACAGUGAGAUCUAUGUUCUGGGUGGAAUUGGCUGUGUGGGCCGCGACAAGGGACAAGUUCGGAAAUGCCUUGAUGUGGUGGAGAUCUACAACCCUGAUGGGGACUUCUGGCGGGAAGGCCCACCUAUGCCAAGUCCCCUCCUCUCACUGCGAACCAAUUCCACUAACGUAGGUGCCGUGGAUGGCAAGCUCUAUGUCUGCGGGGGAUUUCAUGGAGCAGAUCGCCAUGAGGUUAUCUCCAAAGAAAUUUUGGAGCUGGACCCUUGGGAGAACCAGUGGAAUGUUGUCGCCAUCAACGUCCUCAUGCAUGACAGCUAUGACGUCUGCCUGGUAGCUAGGAUGAACCCCCGAGACCUCAUCCCACCGCCCUCAGAUCUGAUUGAUGAAGGUGGUGACCACAGAGGGCAAAGAUGAGGGUCUCGCAGCUGGAGGAGCCAUGGCCUGGCAGCCAGGCCUCUGAAUGCAAGACCCCGCAUACUGUGUGGCGCUGACCUUCUUCUCACUGCAUGCAUAGCAGCCCCUGUGUAAAGCUGUACUGAGCAGUGACAGGGGUGGGUGGCACAGGGUCUUCCCUUAGGGGCAUCCCAGCCUGAUGAAGUAGAUAGGGCAGUGCAGGGCGGGUGGCGAGGGUUCAUGGGAGUGGGACAGGGAGCGCAUGGAGGGCAGCACCCUGCUCUGCUGGGGACCCAAGAGCACUGCUGAGCGGACCCACGGGUGCUUCUGAUGAUGAGAUUGUGGGAGAGGCCAGUCAAAGGCCCUAAAGUAGGAAAGCUGGUGCAUGUCUGGGACAUCUAGUCCGGCCUGGUCACACUGCUCGCACACAGAAUUUGUCACUGAGAGAAUAAAGGUUAUAACUGGGUGACCAGUGCCGAAAGAGGGAGGAGCGUGGGUCUGGGCCUGGAUAGAGGAGCCCUCUUCUUGGAGCUUUGCCCCAGCUUAGUUUAUUAGAACUGCCCUGACCUACAGCAGCAGUGCCCACUGUGGGCCAAACGUUCGGACCUGGAACCCAGCUCUGUUGCCAUGGGCCACAGUGAGCAGAGCAUUCCUGGACACAGAGGGGCCCCUUGGGGUUAGUACUGCGUGUCUAGACUGAACUUGCCCAAGGCCUCUGCCCAGCUCUCAGCUUUACAGGACCUUCCUCAGGUCGAGGCUGGCUGAGACAGCAGGUCUAAGUAUGAGGACCCAGGCUCUGAGUGAGGAGAGAAGAGGCACCUAUUGGCUACCUGCUGCCUCUUUCAGAUCCCUCUCCUGGCUGGGAGGGUGAGCUGAAGCCUACUUCAGCCCAAGCAGGGCACAGUGAGCUCCCCGCCCCCCGGAUAUAUUAGGGGUGAUUGCAGUUACAAGUGGAAAGUCGUCUAUUUUGCCUCCAUUCAUGUUCCCGGAUGCACAUCAGAUCCAUCAGGUGGCUGUUCUCCAAUCACUUCACCAGAGCUCCUGUGUAAGCAGGGUGGAUGCCCUGGGCUCUUCUGGAGAAGAGCAAACCCUGCAUGGGGCGUGUGUUCUCCAGGUUCCAACCUCUCCCUGACAGGAGAGCUAGGCUCAGUCAAACUGGAGCCAUUGCAACUUAUUUCUGACACCAAGGUGGGAACUCUGGGGGUCCAGCACAGGUGUACCCCCAGAAGGCUGCACUCUGGGAGGCAGAGACCAUGUCCUCCUCUCUGAUGUCACCCCCUAAGUCUCUGUAGCAGUAUCUCGCACAUGGGUGGCGUUUUGGGUGACAGGAAUAGACAGCAUGUCUAAGCUAGCUCUCUGAGCCUGUCUGGGACUUCAAGUUUCAGUGUCCUCAUUCUGCCCCCUAGUGGAGGGUAGUAAUCUGAGGUUUCCUUUUCUCAGGCAAAGCAGAGCUGCUCCUCAAAUUGGCAGCCAGGCUUGGGGGAGGUUCUAAGGGGUCUCUGCCAC